AUGUCGCUGAAACUUGCCAGCAAACUCUCCAAGACUGCCGUCAUUUCGAGGUAAGCUAGUACAAUAAAAAGUACAAAACUACAAUUCUUGCAGAAAAUUCACUCUCGGACCGCAAUUGCCGACGAAAUUGCUGCACGCCAAGCCGGGAUCCGUUCCCAAAUACGUUUCAGCCGAUGAGGCGCUUUCCGUAGUCCAUUCCAGUGAGUUUGGAAUGUAAAAUCACUUCAAAACCCGCCUAAAACCCUCAAAAUGCCCAAUAAAAGCUCAAAUUUUUCCAGACACGGACAUUUACGUGCAAAACCACGCGGGAGCCCCGAAUGUGCUUCUGGAGGCGCUGUGCCAUCGUGUGGACGCCGCCGGAUUGGAUAACAUCCGCAUGUCGCACUUGAUUCUCAGCGGACACUGUCCCCAAUUCGACUCGAAAUAUCAUGGUGAUUAUCGAUUUUACAGUAGAAAAUCGCCGAAUCCAAAAAAUUGCAGGAAAAAUCCGCAACAACAGUCUGUUCAUUUGCGGCGGAAACCGGAAGAACGUGAACUCGGGCGCCGCCGACUACACGCCCAUCUUUCUGUGGGAAACGCCCGCACUUUACACGAGCGGACAACUGAAUGUCGACGUGGCACUUCUGACCGUCUCUCCGCCAGGUUUGCCAUCGAAAUUUUCCCAAAAACUUGCCAUUUUGUUGCAGAUGAGCGCGGAUAUUGUACGCUCGGAGUCGACGUCGAUUGCUCGCUGGCCGCCGCAUCGAGCGCCAAAAAAAUUAUUGGUAAGCAUAAAAUUUUGGCCCAGGCUUUUCUUUUUGUAAAGUUUGGCCCUGAUCUGAUCCUUGCAGUGGGUCAAAAGUCCAGGCCUCAAAAAGCCGGGCCGAAAUUCGUUCAGGCCUGGAAAAACGCGAAAAUUCCAAAGAAUUUCAGCGCUGGUGAACAGCACAAUGCCACGCACUCGUGGCGACUCGACGGUCCACUCGUCGCACUUUGAUUUCAUGGUCGAAACGGACCGUCCGAUCGCGUUCCGUCAGGGCAACGAGGAGAUGUCGGCGGUCGAGCAGCGCAUCGGCAAGAUCAUCGCGCAGAACCUCGUGGACAACGGAGCGACGCUCCAAUUGGGUAUCGGGGCGAUUCCCGACUCGACGUUGGCGGCGAUGACGGAGCACAAGGAUCUGGGCGUGCACACGGAGAUGUUCAGCGACGGAGUCGUCGAUCUCAUGGACCGCGGCGUGAUCAACAACCGCACAAAGGCGUUCAUGCCCGGAAAAACCGUCUCCUCUUUCGCGUUCGGCACCCAGGAGUUCUACAAGAAAAUCGAUAACAAUCCGGAAUUCCGUAAGCCUUUAGCUUCUGGCCGUUUUUCUAGUAUAUCUGUAACUUUCCAGACUUCGCGCCGUGCGACUUCACGAAUCACAUUGACAUUGUGCGGCAAAACAGCAAAAUGACGUCGAUCAACUCGGCGAUCGAAAUCGAUUUAACCGGACAGAUCGUGUCCGACUCGAUCGGACGCAACUUUUUCAGCGGAUUCGGCGGACAGGUCGACUUUAUGGCCGCCAGUCCGCACGGAUUCGACGGGCACGGAAAGGCGAUCAUCGCGUUGCCGUCGCGCACGAACAAGGGACACACCAAGAUUGUUCCGUUCCUCACUCAGGUUCGGAAGUGUAUGAUUUGACACCAAUCUUGAACAGGGCGAACAUUUGUAAACAUGGAUUGAAUCUGCCGCCCGUAUUCUGUCGCUGCGUAGCGACUCAUUCGGUUUGCGAUACGGAGCGAGCGAGCGUGUUCACAAAUGUUCGCCGAGUUUGGUUUGUGUAACAAUAGCACAAUAUAAGUCUUGAUUUCAGGGUUCGGGAGUGGUGACGACCCGCGCGCACGCCCGCUACAUUGUCACGGAGCACGGAAUCGCGAACCUGUGGGGCAAGUCGAUCCGUCAGCGAGCCUACGAACUCAUCCAAAUCGCCCAUCCGGACGACCGUGAAGCUCUCGAAAAGGCGGCGUUCGAACGAUUCAAAGUGCUCCCGUCGCCCUAA